AUGGCCGCAGCAGUAACCGCAUACCCCCCAGGAGGAACCUUCCUCGACACCCUCGAGGUAUCCUUCACCAACGUGCCCGUCGACAAGGAGAAGGACAACGCCGUGGCCACGACCGAGUUCCUCAAGGCUGCCGAGUCGCUGACGACUCUAUUCGACGUUCUCGGCUCGAUGGCAUUCAAGCCCGUCAAGAGCGACAUGGCCGGCAACGUUGCUAAGAUCAGAGAACGCCAGCUCGCCGCCCCGGCCGAAUCGGCAACCCUCCAAGAGCUCGUCGUCAACGAGCUCAAGACCAAGAAGCACGUCGCCACAGAGGGCCUCGUCUGGCUCGUCCGCGGCCUCGACUUCACCUGCAUAGCGCUCUCGCAGAACCUCGCCCAGCCCAGCGAGGAGCUCGCCGCCUCCUUCCGCAACGCCUACGGCUCGACCCUCAAGCCGCACCACUCCUUCGUCGUGAAGCCCAUCUUCAGCGCCGCCAUGUCCGCCUGCCCCUACCGCAAGGACUUCUACGCCAAGCUGGGCGAGGACCCCGACAAGGUCGCCGAGGAGCUGCGCGUCUGGCUCGCGAGCCUGGAGCAGAUCCUCGCCAUCCUGAAGGGCUUCCUGGACAGAAAGGAGGCGAAGUGGUAG